AUGGACAUACAAGACGCUUCUAGAGUUGUUUACAUUUGUGGAAAGUGUGGAAAGGAUGUUUAACUUGAAGCCAAAGACAUUGUCAGAUGCCAAUGCGGCUACAGAAUUCUCUAUAAGAAAAGAAAGGCAGAUCCAAAGAAUCCACCUUAAUACGAAGCAAUCUGAAUUAUUAACAUUUAUCUAUGCCAAUAUACACUUCUAAACAACUGAAUUGCA